AUGGCCUGCGCAGGUACGCCUGAGGGACAGUCGAGCAGCCGGGAGCCUGAGCGCAGGCCAGCCAGUGCUGGUCGCGGGAGACUGUGCGGUGCCGUGGUGGUGGCCGGCUGCGAAUCAGCAGGCGGCUACAGCCGCGAUCUCUCCACCCCACGGCACGGCCGCACCGCCGAGUGGCCCUGCAGGCGUCUUCUACCAAUGCGAUCCCGGUGGGCGAGGACGCCGCCGAGUGGCUGCGCUGGCGGCCAGCGAGGCCCGGUGGACGGUGGGAGCUCGGAAGACGAAUGGGCCGGGCAUGGCAUGGCGGGGUGCGCCAGACCGGGGACCUCCCUGGGCCUGUCCGAUACGCCUUAUCCGGCCUCCACCUCCACUCCUGUGCCGUCCCCAUCCACUCACUGUCUCGCCCGCCGUCGUCCACCAACCUCCCUACUGCUGAGCCCAGGCCCUGCUUCUCUCUCAUACCUACUCCGUACUCCGUGCUCCGUACUUCUCUUCGGUCCCUUCUCUGCUGCGUCAAGGACAGCCGUUCUUCCACCGUAUUUUCGUCGUGCGCUCGCUCUUUUGAACGUCUUCUGCCAUCUCGAGCCCCGAGCAGGUCGCCCCUCACUCGUCCCUGGUCCCUCCUUCCCGAUUUCGGCAACUGCCCUCUGCUCCUUCCUCGCCUGGCUUUCCGCCCAACGAGCCCUGCGAGAACGAGGACUUCGUUCAGGACUUCUGGGAUCCGUCCCAACCCCGUGCCAGGCCAUGUACCAACCUGGAGCCGCUGAGCCGGUGACCUUCAAUUCUUCGUCUGGCUUCGGCACCAAAACCUCCACGUUUGCUACCACUUUCCACUACUCCGAGGAGCAACCGGGAAUGACCACGUCUCCCGCCAGGACCGGCGGUCGCCAGCGCAGUCAAUCGGUGCAGAGGAGAGACGACGCUGAUCUGGACCCGUCGUCUCCCAGGCGCCAGAAGUCGCCCAUGAAAUUGACCGAAUCGCCGCCGGCACUGUAUGUGCGGGCGUUGUACGACUACAAUGCAGAUGAUCAUACGAGCCUCAGUUUCAGACAGGGUGAUGUGAUCCAAGUCCUGAACCAGCUCGAGACGGGCUGGUGGGACGGCGUGAUCGGGAACGUCCGGGGCUGGUUUCCCAGCAAUUACUGUGCAAUCAUCACUAAUCCAGAGGAGAUCGAGGAGCUCUCCCGCCGUCCGACCACUGACGGCGGUGAGACCAGCGCCGCCGAGUCGGGCGUGGAGGAUGACUAUGACGACGAACAUGACGAUGACGAAGUCGAUUCCGAUGGCAACCCUCGCGACUCCAAUCCGAUCCUGCCGAUCGAAGGUGCCCGGUCUAGUGAGCCCGAGGAGGCCGCUUUCUGGAUCCCUCAGGCGACUCCGGAUGGUCGAUUGUUCUACUUCAACACCUUGACGGGUACCAGCACCACGGAGCUGCCGUUAGAGAACCCGUUGUUGGCAAACGAAUCCGGUCCUCGCGAUCGGAACAACUUCCACGUGCCCGAUCAGACUCGCCCGCCGCCAGAGAUGAUGGCCCGCGGUGUUGAACGCGAUGAGGACGAGUACGACGGAUCGGGAUCCGAAGGGGAGGGAGAGUCGUUGAUGCUGGCUUCCCACGACUCCAUGUCUCGCAGACGACCGUCCUUGUCGGAUGGGGUGUCGCCUGCCACCUCGAUGGACUCUCUUAACCCGUCUCCGGUGACCAAACCCCAGAGUGAUGGAAAGCCCUUGUCGCAACCUACCAAAGCCACUCCUCAAACGUCGAAUGGGUCCUCCGCGGCGGCUGGCACGUCGACUGCCUCGAGGCCGUCCGUCUCGACAUCCAUCCCUCGACACUUCGUCGACGACGGCAUUUCGCGCCCCGUCACUUGGUCGGACCUUGUCCAAAACAUGCGCCAGGCCGUGGACGCCUACCGACAGGCCCUGCUGAACGGCGACCGCUGUGAAUAUGUGAGGAGAGCGGAGGACAUAUCCGACCAUCUCCGCAUGCUCCUGGCGGCUGGCUCCGACACAACAGAUAACCAUUCGGGAAAUCCGUCUAUCAUCUCCACCAAUCGAGCCUUGUAUCCCCACUUCCGAGACAUGAUGUCCAAGUUCUCCAAGUUGGUUCUGUCAUCCCAUAUUGCCGCGGCGGACUGGGCGGGUCCGGAGUCCGUGACCAAAUGUCUCCAGGAAGCGGAGGGCGUGCUGCAGGGUGUACAUGGCUACGUGGAAGUGGCGAGGCAGCAGCGCGGAGAAGAGAUCAGGCGGAUCGUUCCCGGAUUCGUGCUCGACAGCACAACUGGCGGCAACUGGCAGAACAAUGGCAUGAGACUGAAUGAGUCCACUGCGACGUCCUUCCUGGACCCGGACGGGCAGGACUCCAAUCAAGAGCCGUCCGUCACCCUGGACGGGGCUGUGCUGGAUCAGAUCGACUCGAUGAGGAAAUCCAUUGUUGGGAGCAUUCGCAGAUUGGAGGAGUGCUUGAUCCUGAAACAAAAGGUGAUCACCGCGGCUGACCACGAGCGGCUGGGGGAGUCCAUUUGUGCGGCCGCUCUCACUGUCAUCGAGCGCUAUCGACCCUGGAUCGCGACGGUGGAGUCGAUUAACCUGGCCUCUCUGGGGACCAGCUUUCAGAAUCCCCAACUGGUGGACUUCAGCAUGCAGAAGCAAAGGGUUUAUGAGACUAUCGCCGAUCUCGUUCUCAGCUGCCAGAGCGUCUCCGCUCCCUUGGGCGACGAAUGGGCCGAGCUGCGGGGAGAUUCUCUCGAGGACCGCUUGAACAGUGUGCGAAGCAUCGCCAGGCAACUGGAUAACUACGUCUCUCAGAUCGGGUUUUCGCUUUCGCUCCUUCAGGAGCAAGUUCCUGACAAACCCGUUCAUCCGGCGGGCGAUAGCCUCUUUGAUGACGAGGAUGACGAUCUCGAUCCGUUCAAGAGUCAUCGUGGGGAUGCUUCGAGACGGCGAGCGACCGAAUCAAUGGUCUUGUCCUCCUCAUAUGGUCUUGGAAUUGAUGAUGAAAAUGAAAAGGUCCGACGAAAUAUGGAGAAGGCUCAGCGUUUCUUUGGCCAGGCCCCUCCCGCGAAGAUAACGAGAGAGCCAGUGAGGGAGCCAGUCUCGAUGCCCGAAGAGACUCCUUGGUUCUUGAAAUUCGACCAUGAAGGCGAGGUCUUCUAUGACACCAAGUCUGAUGUGCCGACCCUGAAAUGCGGUACAUUGUCGGGCUUGGUGGAGCAAUUGACCCGUCAUGACAAACUCGAUGCGUCUUUCAACAAUACCUUCCUUCUCACCUAUCGCUCUUUCACCACCGCCAACGAGCUUUUCGACUUGCUCGUCCAGCGAUUCUGCAUCCAACCUCCACCCGGCCUGACCCCGGAUGAACUGCAGAUGUGGAUCGACCGGAAGCAGAAGCCUAUCCGAUUUCGGGUGGUGAACAUUUUGAAGAGCUGGUUCGAAAACUUCUGGAUGGAACCGAAUGACGAGGAGAACAUGGCGCUUCUGCGACGCGUCUAUGACUUUACGAAGGAUUCCAUUGCGACCACGAAAACCCCCGGCUCCCCGCAGCUGUUGACCAUCAUCGAACAGCGUUUGCGAGGUCAGGACCUGGGGGUCAAGCGGCUGGUUCCCACGCAGGUUUCUUCUGCACCGCCGCCGAUCCUGCCGAAAAACAUGAAGAAGCUGAGGUUCCUGGACAUCGAUGCGACCGAAUUCGCGCGGCAGUUGACCAUCAUCGAAUCGCGUCUCUACUCCAAGAUCCGGCCAACAGAAUGCUUGAACAAAACUUGGCAGAAGAAGGUGGCUCCGGGCGAGGCCGAACCGGCUGCCAAUGUCAAGGCUUUGAUUUUGCAUUCCAACCAACUAACCAACUGGGUUGCGGAGAUGAUUCUUACGCAGAACGAUGUUAAGAAGCGUGUUGUUGUUAUCAAGCACUUUGUCAAUGUGGCAGAUAAAUGCCGCGCUAUGAACAACUACUCUACUCUGACGUCUAUCAUCUCUGCCCUUGGCACGGCACCCAUUCAUCGGCUCAGUCGGACAUGGGCUCAAGUCAGUGGACGGACGUCGGCUAUCCUGGAGCAGAUGCGCAAGCUCAUGGCAAGCACAAAGAACUUUGGCGAGUAUCGGGAGACGCUCCAUCAAGCCAAUCCUCCGUGCAUCCCGUUCUUCGGUGUCUAUCUAACCGACCUAACUUUCAUCGAAGACGGCAUCCCCUCCAACACCCCGUCCGACCUGAUUAACUUUAACAAGCGCGCCAAAACCGCCGAAGUCAUUCGCGACAUUCAGCAAUACCAGAGUGUCCCAUACCAGCUGCAGCCGGUUCCGGAGCUGCAGGAUUACAUUCUGAGCAGUUUGCAUGCCGCCGGCGACGUGCACGACAUGUACGAUCGGAGUCUGGAGGUCGAACCGAGGGAGCGAGAGGAUGAAAAGAUCGCAAGUUGUUGCGUGCGCGGGACCCGUCACGGGAUCCCUGCCAACGUCGCAUCUCAGCGCGGGGUUCUCCGAUGCCGCUUAUCAAGUUAUCAUCAUGCCUGCCAGGAGUCACGCGCGCUGAUCGUCUUUCGAGACCCGCCAUAUGCAUGGAAAAAUCAUCAAAUGAACCCUCAGCUUCCAGUGCAGCAGGCCGAGUCUCGCUGGCCGCGAGUUCAGCGGCCAGCUGGAGGCUGGCAUUGGCCCGUGGCCGUGGUUCCCGCGCAUCGCCAACCGACCACUGAGAUGCGGCUGCCCCGACCUUGCCCGGCACGCGCCAGCGCCGCUGUCCUUGGUGCAUGUGACCGCCGCUGCAGACCGCAGGUAGCCGGACUGUCUUGCCAAUCUGCUGCUGGUCUCUCCAUUGUCUGCGAAUCGUCUGCAGGAGAUCUCUUGAUUGACGACACACUGGUCGCUUGA